GCAACCGAAGUGUAUGUGGCUCCAGACAUCCUCCAGCCCUUUCCCCUGCCAUGGAACUUCCAGGGCGCCUGCCCGUCGGGGUCACUCGGAUCUUUACGGACACAGAUUGGUCUGAACCAUGGAUUUUAGCUCUUGUGUUUUUCCACAUAGUCUGCUUAUUUCUUACUUACCUUUCAUUCCAGCACUAUCGUUUGCAAAUAGGACAUUUCCUUUCUAUCAUGAUCCUGGUAUUCUGUGCAGAAUAUAUAAAUGAAAUAGCUGCUGCAAACUGGAGAUUGUUCUCAAAGCACCAAUACUUUGAUUCCCGAGGAAUGUUUAUUUCAUUAGUGUUCUCAACACCAUUACUGCUAAAUGCCAUCCUCAUAGUGAUUGCUUGGGUUUAUAAAACAGUGAACGUAAUGACAGAAUUGAAGACAAUACAACAGAAAAGGAAAGCAAGUAGAGAAAAUAAGAAAAGUGAAUAAAUAAGUAUUUCUUUUAUAACUGGUUAUGUGACAAGUAUUGUGUCACCCAUAAUUUGAGGUUGGAAGAUUUGGAUUUUCACACUCCUUCGUAAAUGGUGUUACGUUCUCAUUGUUUUAUGAAAAAAAAUCACGUUUAUUUUCAGCACACUGUUAGAGCAAUUCUUACAUGGUAUUUCAUUAUAUAGACUAAUUCGUUCUGAACCAGUCAAAAAGCAUUUCAUAUGUUUAUUAAAAUUUUUCUAAUGUACUUAUUUAACAUAGCCGUAUGCAUGAGUUAUUCAGGUAUUUAUGAUAGAUUUUGUGCAUCAUAUGUGCCAAGAUGUCAGAUGAACAAGUAAAUUUUAAUACAUAUCAGUUCAUAAAACUGGUUAGCUGCAUGAUUGUCACCCCUGAUUAAUUUCUGUUUGGCAACUAUCAUAACAAUAUAACAAAGAGCAUUUAUACAAUAUUUUCUUGAUACAAAAGUAACAGUUGUUGGUACAAACGUCAGUAAUGCAAAAAUGAUAAAACAUUGUAUUGUGACAUCAUGACACAACCCCUCAGCCUUUAUACUGACAUAUCAACAUCAGAUGCAAGUAUGUAAGUCUUAUGGUUUGUGUUGCGAUGCACGUUUUGUCAUCCCCUGCUUUGUGAAUGCCUACGCUAAGUUUACCUGCUUGGUAGUAAAUUUCUUGGAUUUUGUGGGUGUUGUAUUCAAACGUUUAUAUCAGAAGUGUAAUUUAAUAGUGUGGGUUGCUGUACUUGUCAUAGGCACAUUUUUCCUGUUUUUUUCUAUUAAAUGGUUAAGCGUUCAUUAGGUUCUCUCUCUUUUUUUAGACAGUUAUACUAUUAGAUUGCAUAUCUAUAUCCACUUAUAUAGGAGCAAGUCUUAUUGAACUCAGUCUGAAACGGUUUUUCUAACAAGUAAGAUUACUCUCAAGUAAAUGUGAUUAGGAUUGUGCUAUGCAAUUACAAGCUCAGAGCUGUAGCAACAUAACAAAUUGCUGUUCAAGAAACAAGCAAGGUCUUAUACAAGGAAGACGUGGUGUGAGAAGCUUGCACAAGUAGAAUCAAACCUUGGAUACAGAGAUGAAAAUAGGGCUUCUGUAAACUUGGUGCUAGUGGCAACACUGGAUGCAAUCCUAUGUUGUAAGAGGAACAUUCAAUCCUGCUUUAGAGAAAAUGGUAACCAGAGUUUUACCUCAAACCAGAAAAAGAAGGUUGAUAAUUUUGCACAUGUAGAUUUCGCACAACAGCCUGAUGGUUUUGUUAGUCUUGAUCCUAUAAUCCCAAAAUAUACUUCGAUUUUUGUGAACAUUUACAGGACUCUUAAAAACCUAGUAUGCCUUGCAAAAAUAAUAAUCCAAAAGGUGAGAAAAGGAUGUGAUUAGGAAGGUAGGAAAAACUCAGUGUCAGGUAUUAGCUUUUUUUUUUUUAAUGAAGGCCUUUUUAUAUCAUACACUUGGAAUGGAAAACAGUUCAUAGAGACAAACUGAAAAUAGCUGAGACAUUGGGGUAAUUCUAUUUGUCUUGUCCCUGUCGUACAAUCUGAUGGGAUUGUAGACUUCUGCUUUCCAAUUUUGAGAGAUUGCUGUGAGGGAAGGUAUUUUUCUCGUAUUGCUGUGGCAUAGAAUAAAAAAGUGGGUUUGUG